CUUUUUUUUUAAUCUUCAAAUGCAACAAAAACAAAUAACAUAAAAAACCAUCUUAUAUCCUCCAUCCAAAAGAAUCAGAGAUGGGGGAUGUCACGGAGAGUGCAUACUGGUGUUACAUGUGCACUCAAAUGGUGAAUCCAAGAAUGGAAUCUGAGAUAAGAUGUCCACUUUGUGAGGGCGGUUUUGUGGAAGCAAUGAACAGCAGCGUGGAAGGCCGCCACCCCAUCAACAAUGAAACGUCUGUUGGGUCAGAUCGUGCUCUAUCUUUAUGGGCUCCAAUCUUACUUCGUAUAAUGGGCAGUGUUGGUUCUAGUUUUGGUUCUGGUUCUGGUUUUGGUCCUUCUCGUCCACGUAUCACUGGCAACGAUUCACAAAACGAGGCGGCUGAGCAAGAGAGGGAGUUUGAGUCCUUGUUUAGGAGGCCAAGAAGAAGCACCUCGGCUUCAUUCUUGCGUAUGCUUCAAGAUAUCCGUUCUGGUAUGGCUUCACAAACAAAUGAUUCUGAAAACCAUAGGGAGAGGAAUGGUAAUUUGAUUUUGGUUAAUCCUAUGAAUCAAGAGGCUCUUAUUAUACAAGGUCAGAAUGCAGCCACAUCUUUAGGUGACUUUCUUAUAGGACCUGGUCUGGAUUUGUUGCUUCAACAUUUGCUGGAGAAUGCUCCUAACAGAUAUGGAACCCUGCCGACUGAUAAAGAAACCAUUAAGGCAUUGCCAACAGUUGCAGUUGAUGAGGAUUUACAAUGUGCAGUGUGCUUAGAGGAUUUUGAUAUUGGAAGUGAAGCAAAGGAGAUGCCAUGUAAACAUAAGUUCCAUGGUGAUUGUAUUCUUCCAUGGCUGGAACUUCAUAGCACUUGCCCAGUUUGCAGGUUCCAAAUGCUAUCUGUUGAACUUGAAAUUGAAGGAAACAGGGCUGCAAAUCGAGAACAAAGAGUGGGAAAUGGGAGGAGGCAUUGGAUUCCAAUUCCGUUGCCUUCAGAUGGCUUGUUUUCUUUGUCAGGAUCUCGGAAUGGUGGAAGUUCUACUUCAGCACCAUCGACACCGCCACCAUUCCCUGGAACUGCUUCUCAUACAGACGAGAAUUGAUGAGUUUUCUAUGUAACUUAUUGUUGCCUCUUCUGAUUUUUUUAUAUAAAUUGUACAUAACUUUGUUUUAUAGAAAUCCAGUAAUUGUUCUUCCGA